AUGUCGACAAUGAUCACCUUCGCGGCGAAUAACGAGUUCUUCCGAAAGCGAAAGCGUGUCCACCGUGCCUGUGAAUCCUGCAAGAAGCGCAGAAAGAGAUGCAGCCAUACGUUUGCUGAGGAGGAGAACGGCGGCGGCUCCUAUGAAGGCGGAAACUCUACCCAAAGCGGUGACCGGGACGCAGGCAAUCCAACCUCAGACCCUCAUGCCUAUGCUCAAGGGGGACACCAUCACCCUCACGAUCCAAGGUUUCCCCGUGGGGAUGCCAGAAGUCAUGGCAACGCUCAUCCCCACUCCACCAUGCCGCCGCCUCACAGCCCGGCGGAAAGCGCACGCUCACCGCAAACCCCACCCAACUUCCUGGGUUACUUGAACCCAGAGGCUGUAUUGAGAGAGCAAGUCCAUUCGAAACGAGACCCUGCGCAGUCACCAAGCAUAGCCCCUAUCGGCCAAUGGGUCGAAGAGAGAGAUCAAAGACCAGCGACGACCCAGCCAAGGUCUGCUUCUGUGCAUAUCAGUGAAACAGGUCCACCAACCACUUCGGAGGUGAAGAUCUCCAAAGCUCUCCAACAGUACUUAGAUGCAGUAGGCGUCGACAUUCUACCACCGCGUAAGAGUCAAGAUGUUCUUCUUGACAUCUACUUCGCCUAUGUUCACCCACUUCUUCCACUCGUUGACAAAGACCUCUUCUACGAGCAGUACUCGCAAGGUCGGGAACCUCGCCUCCUGAUGCAAGCAAUCUGCAUUGUAGCAUCAAAGCACGCAAAUGCUGCAAAGAUCUUGUGUCUUGGUGAUGAUCCACAGCCACUCAGUCCACGAGAGUUCUCUCAAAGGUUGUAUCAGGCCGUCAUUGUUGGCAUCGAGGCGAAACUUGAGAAGAACCGAGUUGUGCUUAUUCAAGUGCUAGCUCUUGUCUCGCUUCACUGUGAAGGACCAGACGGCGCUGAACAAGCAUCGAUGCACCUAGCCCAAGCUAUUCAUCAUGCACAUACGUUUGGCUUGCAGUUCGGACAUCAAUGGAGAAACCAAAGCUCAGAGUCGCAAGGGAAUCUUGAAGAUGUAUUUUGGUGCUUGUGGAGUCUCGACAAGAUCAACGCAUGUAUGAACGGCAGGCCACUGCUCAUGCACGAUCGCGACAACAGUUUGAGACAGCUUCCCACAGAUCCUGAGAAGAGAUCAAGUCCGUUCGGCAUUUGGCUACAGAUUUCAGAGAUGCUGGACAAGGUCAUCGACUACUACAGGCCCGGCAGUCGCUCUGCGGACGAGACAGGCUGGGAAGAUGACUUCCUUGGAUUUGAGGAGAUGGUGGGUGAUGGCGAGGAUAAGCUGGACGGCCCCAUCAUGAGCCUUCUUUCCCUCUUCCACCACACUAUGUGCAUGGCCUCGCACAAGUCCCUCUCAAUCAACGCACCUGUCAAGUCAACACCGUCAUACGUUCGCCAGAGUCUGUCAGCAACACGAGUCAUCCAUCUGCUCAACGCCGAAUCCCCAGAACUCCUGCCACCACUUCCACUCGUACCAUACGCGCUAUCCGUAGCACUCAGUGUUGUGUACAGGCACUUCCGCUCACGACGACUGAAAGUCCACAUCAAGCGUGCCUCGGAGGAACUGAAGCAAUGUGUACAUCUACUCGAUCGCCUACGAAAUGCAUGGUGGUCUGCAGGUACAAUGGCGGACAUUGGUCGUGCAGUUCUCAGCAACGCAGCAGGGCAGCGCACAAAUGCUGUCAACACUCCUGCACCUACUGCACCAGAGCUACGCCCGAACGAACCUAAGACCGAGCCGCCAACUCCACAACCUUCUCACAAUGGACCACACAUGCCAGUAUCGAACAACCACUGGCCGCCGCAGAACAUCGACACCUCGAUAGACCCAAGAUUACAGCAACAGCAGCCUUCUCCAAUGCCGAAUUUGCUCAACCCCAUGCCGGCGCUCACACCAGGACAGCACCCUACGAGCAGCGAGCGCGCAGAUCGAGCACCAAUACCUGCUGCAUUUGGCUUUGCUGAACAGUCGCCUGACUGGCUAAACUUCGAUGCUGCAUUUGAGAACUUUGAGGGCCUCUUGGGUAGCUCGGGCGCGGACUUGAGUAAUGAGCUGUUCAAGCCGCUGAACUACGAGACACUAGAAGGCUUCCUAGAUCCUGCAGCGCAGUAA